AUGAACGACAUGAAGUGCGGACGUCGACAGCGUCUGGAUUUCGAUUCGAAGCAAGACUGCAGCGUCCAAUCGCAUCAAUUGACCAUUACGGCGAUGGUUGAGAGGGAUUCGAUGAGCGUAUCGGCAGCAUCCGAGAUGGGCUGUGGACCGUGGGUUCGCAAAGUCGGUGGCGGUGAUGUGGUUCGACGGUGUGGACCAGGGGUGUCGGGUUUGAAACAUGACGAGACGCUGACCGCCACACCAGCCACAGAGACCCUUAUUCGUUGUGUGGAGUUCUGCCCAGCAGGCCAGGCAACCGCCAAAGUUUCGCCCAAGGUCACGCAGCCGCCCAGCCCAUCCCUCCCUCCUCCAUUCCUGCGAAACCCGAAUCCUGGUUCGGGUCUACCACCCACCUUCUUUCCUCGAACUCCUGUGUCUUGGUUCGCCCAUCAUCUGAGCAACGACAACAUAAGCUACAACAGCAGACUCGUUCCCGCGCCGAAUCCUCAUCUUUUACCUUUUGACUUUCUCUAG